GAGAGACCUGGACUAUGAUCGGCAUGGCUUACACUCCUUUCACAGCGUCGAUCGAACUCGACCAGGACUGUUCCGUCAUCCACACUCUCAUGACGUCCUUUAACCCCACGGCCUCAGCCUUUAUAAGAGCAAUUUGUAUCCCACUUGUUGGAGUUCUAAACCCUCCCCCCGACCCGGGCCCCUCCAUAUAUCGCUUGCACAUACACAAUGUCCACCACCGACAAACCUUCCUUUUGGGUCCCGCCCAGGGUGCCCAAGACGAAGCUGGGAAGGCAUCGCCAGCUCGCCCCGCUCGCAGGGAUCCAUGUCUCACCACUCGCCCUUGGUGCGAUGAGCAUCGGCGAUAAAUGGGCCUCUAUCGGCAUGGGCCAGAUGGACAAGGCGAGCAGCUUCGCACUUAUGGACGCGUUCUACGACGCGGGAGGCAACUUCAUCGAUACAUCGAGCAACUACCAAGACGAGACGAGCGAGAUGUUCAUCGGAGAAUGGAUGGAGAAACGUGGGAUCAGGGACCAGAUGGUCAUUGCAACCAAGUACACCACGAGCUACAAGCGCGCCGAUGAUAUCCCGCAGAAGACCUCCUAUGUGGGCAAUAACAUGAAGUCAUUGCACAUUUCCGUCGAUGCAUCUUUGAAGAAGCUCCGAACUAGCUAUAUUGACAUUCUGUACGUUCAUUGGUGGGACUGGACGUGCAGCGUCGAGGAGGUCAUGAAUGGCCUCCACCACCUCGUUGCACAGGGCAAGGUUCUCUAUCUUGGCAUCUCAGACACCCCCGCAUGGAUUGUGUCCAAGGCAAACAUGUAUGCGCGACUCACUGCAAAGACGCCUUUCGUAGUCUAUCAGGGUGCAUGGAGCAUUCUUCAACGCGACUUCGAACGUGAAAUCAUUCCCAUGGCACGCCAGGAGGGCAUGGCCCUUGCGCCAUGGAACGUCCUCGGUGGCGGGAGGAUCAGGACUGAUGCGGAGGAGGAGCGGCGAAAGAAGACAGGCGAGAUGGGCCGGACGAUCUUCGAUGGCCGCUGGUUACGGACGGAGGACGAACGCAAGGUCUGCCUUGCACUUGAGAAGGUCGCAAAAGACGUGGGCGCGAAGAGCAUCACUGCUGUUGCGCUCGCGUACGUCAUGCAGAAGACGCCGUACGUCUUCCCGCUCGUCGGCGGGCGCAAGGUCGAGCACUUGAUGGAUAACAUCCAUGCGCUCGAUAUCGCGCUGAGUCCUGAACAGGUCGCGGAGCUCGAGAACGUGCUGCCGUUCGAUCGUGGGUUCCCGUAUGACAUGAUUGGCGAUGGAUCGAGCUACGCAUCACUGCAUCAGCAGGCGGGGUAUUUCGACAAGUGGCCGUUCCAGCAGGCGAUAAGGCCGAACGCGGGACAGAAAUUGUAAUGGUCUUCUUUGAAAAUGAACAGAGAACAGAACUGAGCAGAGAAGCCAGCAUCCUGUCUGAUAUCAUUAUGAGUCUAUUUUGUCAGUAAGGUCCUCCAGACAUCGAACAUCCUGAAAUUGAAUUGUAGUGUCAAGAAUGCCCUUACCACCUCAGAUGUGCAAGUUACAUUUGCAAUG